AUGGCCGCCACCCUCUGGUGCGCCCUCUGCAGCUGCCUCCUGCUCUGCGUAUCUUCAAUGGUGCCAAAACCCCAAAAUGCAAGAAUUAUUUCUGUUAAUCUUCACAGUGUUUUACAGUGGGAUGCACCUAGGUUUUACAAAGGGAACAUAAGUUACACUGUCCAAUCUAAGAGCAUAAAUUUCCCUGGAAACACAUAUGAAAAUGUGGGCACAAACUUGACACUUACAGAGUGUGAUGUCUCUUCUCUGUCUGCAUAUGGAAACUAUAUCUUAAAGGUCAGAGCAGAGUCAGAAAAUGACCAUUCAGACUGGGUAGCCAUCACAUUUAAGCCAAUGGAUGACACAGUCAUUGGGCCACCUGAUGUAAAAGUGAAGUCAGAGUCUGGGUCCCUGCAUGUGGAUUUCAUAGGCCCUUUUGCUGAACAUGACAACUGGCCCCUAAAGCAAUAUUAUGGCUCCUGGAACUACAGAAUACUUUACUGGAAGAAAGACAGCAGUGCAGAGGUAACUUCUGCUUCAUAGGUAACUCACAUAGAUACUAAACAUAAUUCUGAAAUACUCUCUCAGUUGGAGCCAUGGACAAUAUAUUGUGUUCAAGUGCAAGCAGUUAUCCCUGAGUGGAACAAAACAGGGGAACUGAGUGAAGAGCUUUGUGAGCAGACAACCCACGACGGUGUAACUCCUGUGUGGAUAAUUGUGACUGUUCUUAUUGGAUCAAUGUUGGCCAUUGUAAUCUGUGUUCCCCUCUGUUUCUUUGCAUUUUUGUAUCUAUAUCGACUGGUCAAACAUGUUUUCUGCCCUUCAUAUAUUUUCCCACAACACUUAAAAGAGUUUUUGAGCAAGCCUCCCAGUAGUUCACAGUUUUUUUCUGCAUUCCCACAAGAAGAGCAUCUUUUUUAUGACAAGCUAACUGUCAUUUCAGAAGAAUCAAAAAAUCAGAGUGAUGAGACUGGAGAUGAUGCCAGCAAGACAACAGAGCACCUUCAGGACUCUGAACAAGAUUCAGGUUCGGGAAUAGUACCAGCUUCAGAAGAGGCCUAA